AUGGCAAAUCCACCUAUGAACAGUGAUCCCGGACCCCUACUACCGGAUGAGAUGUUCAGAUUCGUCCUUCAACAUGUCGCCCCAUCUGAAAGCGGCGCUCGACUUGGAGAAUUGGCUCUUCGCCAAAAGCAGCGCAUCAAUACACCCCAUUACAUAGUCCCAUCCUCACGAGGAGCGAUUCCUCACCUAUCCCCAGACAAUUUGAUCAGAAAUACGCGCAUAUCCGCUGUCUAUGUCCCCCUUGAAGACUUUAUUGAGAAGUCUGCGACGACAGCGCCCAUAUUCAGCACUCCAAUAAAAGAUGGCGACUCGCGUCUACGGCAAUAUACGGGCCUCCCGGACCAGGCUUUGUCCCUACUAGGACCCCGCAGGCUUCCCAGCAUCUUGACUCCAGCCCACAAUACCAAUUCGUCAAUCGCGAUCUCGACCUCUGUCGGAUUUCGCUUUCUGGACGUCAAGCACUAUGAUGAGGCCGUGCAAUCACUCCAGGCGGAUAUCUCGAUGAGUCUCGCCGAUGUAAUAACACACGAUGUUGUAAGCGCGAAGCGGAUGGAGAAGAGUGCAGAUCGGACACAUGCAUGGCUCCGUGAUACGAUAGAAGCAAGUAAUCAGAACCCAAAAGCACCGCUCUUCGCUUCAAUCCCACCUCUAGAGCCAGAACAGUUAUCCUUCUACCUCUCAGAUAUAGAAGAGGACUUUCGACCGCAUUUGUCAGGUCUGGCGGUGUAUAACCCGGCCAUUAUAAUGGGCCUGACAGACUCACUCCGACGACUACCAGUGGUCUGCUUGAGCGAUCCAGCAACACCACAAGCAGUACUCUCCGCCAUACAUACGGGCGUCGACAUGAUCACCGUGCCAUUCGUGACGCGCGCCUCUGAACACGGCAUCGCACUAUGCUUCUCAUUCCCUGGCUCCCCCGAAACCCCAAACCAACCGUUGGGCAUAGAUUUCUGGUCUCCAGACCACAACACCGACCUCUCAGCCUUAAGCCCCGGAUGCUCAUGCUAUGCCUGCUCACGCCACCACCGCGCAUACCUGGCCCAUCUCCUCCAAGCCAGUGAGAUGGUCGCCUGGACCCUCCUCCAGAUCCACAACUUCGCCAUAAUCGAAUCUUUCUUCAGCAGCAUCCGCCAAAGCAUCGCACGGGGGACUUUCGAAGACGACAUCAAGACUUUUGGACGCGCGUACGACUCCGAAAUGCCGCAGUCGACAGGCCAAGGACCGCGAAUCAGGGGAUACCAGGCGAAAAGCGUCGGCGGGGGCGAGCCCAAGCGCAAUCCGAGAGCAUACGGGAAACUCGAUGAUCAGGUGCAGAAACUGGCUGAGGCGGCGUCGGGAAUCGCGGCUCCCGAGGGAGAUGCUAUGGAUAUUGAAGAGCACGGGUUGGCUAAGAGGGUAGAAGAAUAG